AGAUGAAUAGUCGUCGUUUAGAAAUAGUUGCAAAAUAUGUGAGCGAACCCGAAUAAGUUCAUUAAGAGAAUAUAUUAGAUUUUCCUCACCGGAUCGUAUGACAAUGAGCGGGGCAUACUGAAAAAUGAAAAUGAGCUUCGCUUAUAAAUAAGCUGAAUUUACCACUUAUUCUCAUUAUUAGUUUAAUUCAUUAGAUAAUUAAGAUAUAAACUAUAUAAAAAGUACUCAGGAUGUUAGCAGAACCAAUUAAUAUUAAAAAAUGGAUUGAAGAGAAUGGUCAUUUAUUACAACCUCCAGUUAACAAUUAUUGUCUUCACAGAGGUGGAUUUACUAUUAUGAUAGUAGGUGGACCAAAUGAAAGAACUGAUUAUCAUAUAAAUCAAACUCCAGAAUAUUUCCAUCAAUUAAAGGGUCAUAUGUGUUUAAAAGUUGUAGAUGAAGGUAAAUUCAGAGAUAUAAUUAUUAAUGAAGGUGAUUCAUUUUUAUUACCACCUAAUACUCCACAUAAUCCUGUAAGAUUUGCUGAUACUAUUGGAUUAGUUGUUGAACAAGAUAGACCUGAAGGUACCAAUGAUAAAGUUAGAUGGUACUGUAGUAAAUGUAGGGAACCAGUUCAUGAAGGAGAAUUUUAUUUAACAGAUUUAGGAACUCAAAUCAAAGAUGCUAUUAUUAAAUUUGAUGGAGAUAUUGACGCAAGAACUUGUGAUAAAUGUGGAACUUUAAAUUAUUCCAAACCUCAAAAUUAAUUAUAGAUAGAUAUUAAAAGAUUACAUUACGAAUUUUUUUCUACAUCAACUGUAUAUAUGUUUGUUGUAGUCGUGGUGAA